AUUUAUUCUGGCUCAUUAUUUUUUAGAAUAGCAGAAAAUAUGAGAGACUGGUUCAAGAUUACGCUGUUGUGCUUCAAUUUGAUGGCAAUGGCACUUACCUUGAUAUCAGUAAGAGCAGCUAGAGAAGUUGUGACCAACAGGGUGAGCCAGGAGCAGGAUCCUGGGCUUGACAUUUUGGGAAGUAGGACAGCGCCAUCUGACGGUGCCGUGAUGAAGACCUUGGAGCAGUUGCAACAUUCGAAAGCAUCAACUCAACAAGAGGAGGAAACGCAGAAAAACAAGGACGAUGAGGACGAGAAAGAAUGUCCCCUGGGACAGGUCUGGGACCGGAACACCAGGAAAUGCGUGCACAAGCCGGAAGUGCUGGUCAGUUUGAGUCGCUUGCCGUUCAUUGCCAUCGCCCAGUACACACUACACAGCCCCUUUGAAAUCGACCUUCGCAAUCACAGCAACAAGAACAAGCACAAGAAGAAGCCCAACAGAACCGACACUCUACGACCGAUAAAUACAGACGAUUAUGUGAUAAUUCAUAGGGAUCAGAUAUGUGACGGAAGUAAUAUGCAGUCAAUUACAAAGCUGUCCAUUUAUAUCCUUUUUCUCGCGUUUUGCAUGCACGAAAUAUUUGGCAAGCCAUUGCUGGUGGAGAGAAAUACUAUUUCAUUGGUGUUGGCCAAUGAGAUUCGAGCCUCGUUGGGACAGCCCAACAAAUCGGUGGGAGGUUCGGACAACGAACCCAAGGUGCACACAGCAGCCAUCAUCGGGGUGCCACUGAAGAGAAAACGCAAGAAGAAUAGGAGAUGCAAUGCCAAUGAAGACCGGGAUUUCAAUGGGGACUGUCAUCCAAUAUUUUCCUUCAAGUCCUGGUCCUUUUAA